AUGUUGCUCCAGUCAUCCAUCUUGUGCAGGUUCCCGGCGGAGGUGCUCGUCGACAUUGCUGUCGAUAUCGUGCUCCUAGACGAUCCCCUGGGGCCCCCAUCGAAUCUGCUCUCGCUGCUUCUCACGUGUAAACACAUCAACUACAUUCUACGCUUUGACAACUGCCGCUAUCUCUAUGGCCGUAUUUUUCGUGGCAAGUUCGACUCGCGUGCGGUCGCACGCCGCCGCGGUGUGGAUGCGGCACUGACGUCGCACCAGGCGGCCCAGCUCAAGGCGUAUUGCGUUGCAUUAAAGCGCAUACGCUCGGGGGACCUCGAUUCGGAAUACCUCGAAGACGAUCUAUGGACCGCCUUUGUUAUGUGUCUGGAAAAUGACGGGAGGAACGAGGCUCAGUUGUCCUGGGCUCGCUUGGAUUCCCUCUUGGAAGAGCACUUGCGCACCCGGCUUUGGGUGGACACGCAUCACUACAGAGGCUGGCCCCCAGAGCAUACUAAACACUCCCUAGCCAUCUGGCUGUUCUGGUUAAGGCUGGAUGAUGUGAAACUCGACGCUUUGUCUCCUGAUGUGCGCAAACAGCUCCUCGAUGCGAUUCGGUGCUAUGCACAUACCGCGCUCCGCUACCCAUCGUUCUUCGCGCCCGAUAACCACUUCAAGUUCCCCCUGUCGGCGGACGUACUGACAGCGACGCUCAAGACUCGCAUGACACCGCAUGGCCACUGGCCACAGUAUCGUGACCCAUCGCAGGUCAUCGAGAAGGUUACGCACUACAGCCGCCGGCUGGAGUUGUGUGCGCCGAUUCUCGGGCAUGGCGCGAAACUACUCUACAUGACGCUCGACGAGCUCCCAUACCAAAUUCCCCCCAGCCUCGCACGCGAUCGGGAACAUGCACUCGCGCUUGGUUGGUCCGAUGUGCGCGCGACGCAAGCGGAUUUCCUCGAGGCGAACGCACACAGAUCCGUUAAGCUCCUGGCACAGAGCGACUGGGACUGGCACAGCAAGCUGACACCCGAGCAGGCGCGUCUCGAGGAUGACGCGGCGUGGAGGAAGGGCCUGCAUGCGAAGAGCGCCCUGCUCGACGAGCUGUGGAACAGGCUAGCGUUCUGUGGAGACCCGUGGGCUGAUCAGGUGCUGAAGGGCGUAGUCUAUAUGCCUGGCUCGCUCUCUGGUCUUUGGCAGGGCCGGAUGCAUUCGUUCAGACCCGGGGAGUACAGCGCCCUUGCCCGGUCUACCGACUACCCUGGAGACAUUCCGGACGAGCACGUUCAAAAAUGGCCGGUCUACUUCAAUUUGCGCGAACACCACUGCAUUAUGCCCAAGACUCCCAUGCCCGCGGGCGGCGACGCUGCCGAGAACGACGAGGGAAUCUACACCGCGUGGUUCCCCUCGAAUGUUUCGUGGACAGAGCGGGAGGAGCGUGCAGGACGGUUUAUCGAACUGAGAGAAAAUACGAACGAGUUGCGCAAGUGGGAGUACGAGACCUACGCCGAGGGCCGCCCCAACUCGCAUGAUGAGAAGGAGGAAGAAGCCACGCAGGAAAGGGCACAUCAAAUUGUUGCCGGUGCUGUAGAUCAGCCUCCCUCUGACAACGACGAGAUCGAUCAAGUACGGAGCACUUUGAAUGCGGCGCUUGGCCCCGAUGAAAACGUCGACCAAGUCAUCAGCGACGCAUUGUCGGACGCAAAUCGUUCCCCGCCAGCCUCUGACGACGGUGCCGAGAGCGAUUACGAGAGCGAGUAUGUGGAGAACUCCUGCAGCGGCAUUUGCGACGUCAUUGUCACUGGCGAGAGUCUGCCGCGGCACGGUCAGGCGUGGAAUCACUUCCACUUUUAUGGCCGCGUUCGACCCUGGGACGGGCUCAUCGCGAUCGUUCGUGUACCGGUGGAGGGGCCGCAUCUGGGCUCCUUCGUCGGGUCCUGGCGUCUCCGUGCGAACAACCGGAAUGCGGUUCCUCUGGAAGGUCCAUUCGCGAUGAGCAAGGUCGUUGGGCCUCGCAGCGAGUCGUAA